GCCUCCAGCGACAUCUUGUAAACUUGGUUCUGUCCAGCGCUCGCAAGUGCGGUUAGCUGGGACCGCCCGCGGUAACGGAGCAGGGCCGCGCGGCCCCGGCUGCUCGCAGGCUCAGCGUGGCUGUCGCCUGGGCGGAGCACUGCGGUGCCACGGUCGCCGUGGCGGUUCCCAUCCAGGUUCUGCUUUCAGCAGAAGCACCUAUGGACCCUGCACUGGGCUCCAUGACCUUUGAGGACGUGGCCGUGUACUUUUCCCAGGAGGAGUGGAGGCUACUGGACGAGGCUCAGAGACACCUGUACCGGGAUGUGAUGCUGGAGGUCUUUGCACUUGUUGCCUCAUUGGGCUGUUGGCGCGGAGCAGGGCACGAGGAGGCACCUUCUGGGCAGAGAGUGUGUGUAGGAGCGUCGCACCCCAGUAUGGCGAAGGCAGAUCUGUCCCUCCAGGAGGCCCUCGCCCCGGAGGUGUGCGGCCUGGGCUCUGCAGGGGGUUUGCAUCCAGCCGAGAGCCUGGCCACAAACCCUGGGCAGGAACCGCGGGGGACACCUGAGCCACGCCAGAAGCAGCACAGUCGAGAGAGACACUGGAGGAGGAACACAAAGAGCCGGGCCAUCCCCACCGUGUCACGGACGCCCAGCCCUGCGGGCCCAGGCCGCCUCCAGUGCCAGCUCACUCACAGUGGGGGGACACCCCCUGGGGACAAGAGCUGCACGGAGCCCCUCCACGGACAGCGGCAGUACCAGUGCGGCGACUGUGGGAAAGCCUUCUGCCGGAAAUACAGACUUGCGCAGCACCAGAGAGUCCACACUGGGGAGAGGCCGUACGAGUGCAGCGAGUGUGGGAAAACCUUCAGCUACAAACACAUACUUGUCCAGCACCGCCGAGUGCACACUGGGGAGAGGCCCUAUGAGUGCAGCGUGUGUGGGAAGGCCUUCAGUAACAAACCCACACUCGUCCGGCACCAGCGAAUCCACACUGGGGAGAGGCCUUACGAGUGCAGCGACUGUGGGAAGUUCUUCAGCCAAAGCUCCAGCCUGAGUGAACAUCAGAGGAUUCACACGGGGGCACGGCCUUACAAAUGUGGCGAGUGUGGAAAAUUCUUCACCUCCAACUCCAACCUAAUUAAACACCGGAGAGUCCACACGGGAACAAGGCCUUAUGAGUGCAGCGAAUGUGGGAAAUUCUUUAACCAAAGUCCCAGCCUCAUUAAACACCAGAGAAUUCACACUGGGGAAAAGCCUUAUGAAUGUAGCGAAUGUGGGAAACUCUUUAGCCAAAGCUCCACCCUCAUUAAGCACCAGAGAGUUCACAGCGGAGCGAGGCCUUACAAGUGCAAUGAAUGUGGGAAACUUUUCAGCCAAAGCUUUGGCCUCACUCAACACCAGAGAGUCCACACAGGAGAAAAGCCCUACGAGUGCCGUGACUGUGGGGAAUCCUUUAGCCACAGCACACACCUUACUCAGCACCGGAGAGUUCAUGCUGCAGAGAGCCCUCCCGCGGCCAGGAGCCGUGGCGAACUCUUCAGCCGCGGGGCCGCGCUCACAGACCACCAGACGCUCCACGGCCCAGCUAGACCUCACAAGUGCACUGAAUGCGGGAAAGCCUUCAGCCGCAGGUCUAACCUCGUCCGACACCAGAAGGUUCACAAGGGAGAAAGGCCUUAGAAUGAGCAGGGUUUGCACCCUGUAGACAGCGCUCCCCCCACCCGCCCCCCCGAGCAUGUGGGGGUGGGGCAUAGGGGGUUAGGCUGUAUUAUUCUAACCUGUCCAAGACCCUCAUCCUGU